ACUGAAGAAACAGCUUUUAUUACUCAAUCAAUGAAUUAUGCGCUUUAAAUUCCGUCGGUAAACUUUAAGUUAGUUUAGUGAUAUGAAACUUUAUAACUUCGGUAAAAGGGGUCAAUUGCUUGAGGGCACAAAAGCGAACUUAUAUAUUCUCUUACAAUGCAUAACAUCUAACGCAUUUGCAACUUUUUAGAUAAGUAAUAAUGAAACAUCUAAUCAUUUUCGUAUCAUUUAUAUGUUUUGCUACUGAAGUUGUAUUUUCAAAGCAGCCACCACAUAUUAUAUUUAUUAUCAUCGACGAUUUGGGAUGGAAUGAUGUUAGCUUUCAUGGAUCAAAACAGAUACCUACACCCAAUAUUGAUGCCAUUGCACAAGAUGGGAUUAUUUUAAAUAAUUAUUACGUUCAACCAAUUUGCACACCAUCCAGAGGUGCUUUAAUGACGGGGAAAUAUCCCCUACGAUUAGGACUUCAACAUGAUGUAAUCUACGCAGAAGCACCUUGGGGUCUCUCCCCUGAAGAGAAAAUCUUACCCCAGUACCUAAAAGAACUUGGAUAUGAAACACAUGGAGUAGGAAAGUGGCAUUUAGGUUAUUUUCACGAAAGCUAUCUUCCUGUUAAUCGUGGAUUUGAUUCUUUCUUCGGAUACUGGAAUGGUAAGGAAGACCAUUUCACGCAUUGGGAAGAAGGGCAAGGAACUCAUGGAUUAGAUUUGCACGAUGAUAAUGUAAACGCUUGGAAUUACACGGGAAAAUAUUCUACAGAGUUAUUUACUGAAAAAGCUAAAACCAUAAUUCACAAUCAUGAUACUACUAAGCCAUUGUUUUUAUAUUUAGCUCAUCAAGCGGUACAUGCUGGUAACUCUUACGCCCCUCUACAAGCUCCCCAAGAAUAUGUUCAAAGGUUUUCGCAUAUCAAAGAUCCAGCACGGAGAUCUUUCGCUGGCAUGACAUCAGCAUUGGAUGAUUCAAUUGGUGAUCUUUUCGAAAAUUUGAAUAAAGCUGGAAUUCUGAGCAAUAGUGUUAUAGUAUUUACUACUGACAAUGGUGGAGCAGUACAAGGAAUUGAUGAAAGUACAGGAUCCAAUUGGCCUUUACGUGGAAGUAAAUACAACAUGUGGGAAGGUGGUGUGAGAGGUGUUGCUUUUGUAUGGAGUCCUGAAUUACGUCAAGCGAAAGAAAGAAUUUCUUCUCAUAUGAUGCAUAUCAGUGAUUGGCUUCCUACUCUUUAUUCAGUUGCAGGUGGGGAUAAAAAGAAGCUAGGAAAAAUUGAUGGCUAUAAUCAAUGGAAAGCACUCUGCUGCAGUGAUACAGGUCCUCGUCAAUCAAUUAUACAUAACAUUGAUCCAAAAUGGAAUGUUGAAUCCGUUCGUAAAGGGAAAUAUAAAUUAGUAAAAGGAAGCGUCUUUGAUGGUACCAUGGAUGGUUGGUUUGAUAAAGAGGGCAAAAGGGAAGUAAAUGUUCCUUUUACAAGUGAAGAACUCGAAGAGCAAACAAAGGUAUAUAACCAACUAUGGAAAAAAUCUAAAAUUUCCUCAAUCUUAUCCAAAAUGUAUGGAGAAACGAUAAAUGAAAACAAUAUCGCCGAUUAUUGUGUCCCUGAAACGGAGAAAUGCCAUUCAAAAUCAGCAAAAAAGUCUAAGAAUUCGGAGGACGUUAAAAGUCACAAAUCACCUUUGGAAGUACAAUGUGGUCCGAGACCUGAAAAUAGUUCAACUAAUUGUAAGCCAAUGGAAGCUGCUUGUCUUUUUGACAUCAUCGCAGACCCUUGUGAAUACAAUAAUUUAGCAGCUAUGAAACCGGAGAUUCUUAAAGAUCUAGAGGGGGAACUCGACAAAUACAGAGUUCAAGCUGCUCCUGUGAGAAAUCAGCCAAUGGAUCCAAUGUCAAAUCCAAAAUAUCACGGUUAUGCUUGGAUUCCGUGGAAAAAAUCUGCAGAUAUUCAUUAACGAUGAACAAAUUUAGUUGCAAUAAUUUAUGUACAUAUAUAUAUUAAUAAAGGAUUUAUGUUUGA